ACAUCAAAAUGAUAUGCCUGUGAAGAAAGUGCAACAUGUUUAGAAACACUGGUAAGAAAAGCUUUGAAAAACACCAUCAAGGGUAUCCCACUACAAGACCAGUCUGUCCAUAUGGGGAUGGGGAAGCCUUGGCGUUGUCCUUUCUCUAAUAACCUUUGGACCCUUUGUAAUAUUUUAUUUGGCAUUUUAUAUCCUCUGCUUUGUGGGGGUUUUGUGGUUACUCUUCUGUUUGGAAAAACAAACUCAGAGAAGUACCUAGAGCAGUGUGAACACUCAUUUCUUCCUCCAACAUCAACUGGAAUUCCUAAGUGUUUAGAAGAAAUGAAACAUGAAGCCGGGACUAUAAAGAUCGAUAGAAGAUUAACUGGUGCCAAUAUAAUUGAUGAACCUCUCCAGCAAGUUAUCCAGUUUUCCUUGAGGGAUUAUGUCCAGUAUUGGUAUUAUACACUAAGUGAUGAUGAAUCUUUUCUUCUUGAAAUUAGACAGACUCUUCAAAAUGCACUCAUUCAGUUUGCUACUAGGUCAAAAGAAAUAGACUGGCAACCUUAUUUUACAACACGCAUUGUAGAUGAUUUUGGCACACACCUACGAGUAUUUAGGAAGGCUCAACAGAAGGUAACAGAAAAAGAUGAUCAAGUAACAGGUACAGCAGAAGAUCUUGUAGAAACCUUCUUUGAAGUUGAAGUUGAAAUGGAGAAGGACGUUUGCCGUGAUCUAGUGUGCACUUCUCCCAAAGAUGAAGAAGGAUUCCUAAGGGAUUUGUGUGAGGUCUUAUUAUACUUAUUGCUACCUCCUGGAGAUUUCCAGAACAAGACCAUGCGAUACUUUGUCAGGGAAAUCCUUGCACAAGGAAUUCUUCUUCCAUUAAUAAAUCAACUCAGUGAUCCUGAUUAUAUUAAUCAAUAUAUCAUAUGGAUGAUCCGUGAGUCUAAUUGCAACUAUGAGGCCUUUAUGAACAUUAUUAAAUUGAGUGACAAUAUUGGAGAGCUAGAAGCAGUCAGAGAUAAGGCAAUAGAAGAAUUACAGUAUCUUCGAUCUUUAGAUACAGCUGGUGAUGAUAUCAACACUAUCAAAAAUCAAAUAAAUAGCUUAUUAUUUGUAAAGAAAGUAUGUGACUCAAGAAUACAACGGUUGCAGUCAGGCAAAGAAAUAAAUACUGUGAAACUGGCAGCAAACUUUGGGAAACUUUGCACAGUCCCUCUGGCCAGCAUCCUUGUAGACAAUGUUGCACUACAAUUUUUUAUGGAUUACAUGCAGCAAACUGGAGGUCAAGCACAUCUCUUCUUCUGGAUGACAGUGGAAGGGUACCGGGUUACAGCCCAACAACAACUAGAAGUUUUAUUAAGCCAUCAGAAAGAUGGAAAACAUCAAACCAACCAAACCAAAGGUCUUUUAAGAGCAGCUGCUGUUGGAAUUUAUGAACAAUAUUUAUCAGAAAAGGCAUCUCCACGGGUUACUGUUGAUGAUUAUUUGGUAGCGAAAUUAGCAGAUACCUUGAAUCAUGAAGAUCCAACUCCUGAAAUCUUUGAUGAUAUUCAAAGAAAGGUGUAUGAAUUGAUGCUACGAGAUGAAAGAUUUUAUCCUUCCUUCAGACAGAAUGCACUUUAUGUGCGCAUGUUAGCUGAGCUGGACAUGUUAAAAGAUCCUAGUUUCAGAGGAUCGGAUGAUGGUGAUGGAGAAUCUUUCAAUGGGUCCCCUACAGGAAGCAUAAAUUUGUCUUUAGAUGACCUUUCAAAUGUAUCUUCUGAUGAUUUAAUACAACUUCAUGCUUACAUUUCAGACACAGUAUAUGCUGACUAUGACCCAUAUGCUGUGGCAGGCGUUUGUAAUGAUCAUGGCAAGACAUAUGCAUUGUAUGCCAUCACUGUGCACCGACGCAAUCUAAACAGUGAGGAGAUGUGGAAAACCUAUCGUCGUUACAGUGACUUCCAUGACUUCCACAUGAGAAUCACUGAACAGUUUGAAAAUCUGUCAAGUAUAUUGAAGCUUCCUGGGAAAAAGACUUUUAAUAAUAUGGAUAGGGAUUUUUUAGAAAAGAGAAAAAAGGAUCUUAAUGCAUAUUUGCAGUUACUGUUAACUCCUGAGAUGAUGAGAGCAUCCCCAGUUUUGGCUCACUAUGUGUAUGACUUCCUUGAGAAUAAAGCCUACAGUAAAGGGAAGGGGGAUUUUGCUCGCAAGAUGGACACUUUUGUGAAUCCACUUCGAAAUUCUAUGAGGAAUGUUUCCAAUGCAGUUAAAUCCCUUCCUGAUAGCUUGGCAGAGGGAAUGACUAAAAUGUCAGACAACAUGGGCAGAAUGUCAGAAAGACUAGGUCAAGACAUAAAGCAAUCAUUUUUCAAGAUGCCUCCUUUAAUUCCAAAGACUGAUUCAGAUCCUGAACAUUGUCGAGUUUCAGCUCAACUUGAUGAUACUGUGGAUGACAAUAUUCCGCUUAGGGUAAUGCUGCUUCUCAUGGAUGAAGUGUUCGACUUAAAAGAGAGAAAUCAGUGGUUGCGAAGAAAUAUCAAAAACCUACUUCAACAGCUUAUUAGAGCCACAUAUGGUGAUACUAUUAAUAGAAAAAUAGUCGACCAUGUUGAUUGGAUGACCUCACCUGAGCAAGUAGCGGACUUAGUGAAACGUUUCAGAGAUGCCUUUUGGCCAAAUGGCAUUUUAGCAGAAGCUGUUCCAUGCAGAGAUAAAGCUAUCCGAAUGAGAACAAGAAUUGCAGGAAAAACUAAACUACUUUCAAUUAUGCCAGAUGAACUGAAGCACAUUAUUGGGGCUGAGACAACACGGAAAGGUAUUCUUCGUGUUUUUGAAAUGUUUCAGCACAACCAGUUAAAUAGGAGAAUGGUUUAUGUCUUCUUGGAAGGCUUUUUGGAAACCUUAUUUCCGCAGUAUAAAUUCCGUGAACUUUUCAACAAACUGCAUUCACGGUCAAUGCAGAUGCAGAAAUAUAAACAGAAACUUCAAACAUCUCAAGCGCCUUCUUUACAGAAAAGGUGACACUCCAAUCUGUGAAGCUGGUGUUCCUUUUGUCCAGAACUAAAGUGUGGGCAGAUCUUCUGGGGCUUAACUCAUAUACUGUUGUGCCUGCACCAGUCUCUUAAUGUCUCAAAUAGAUUAUUAAUACAUCCACAAAA